AUGGCAUUUCGACACCACCUCAAUACUCAUGUUGUGAGGAGAGUCGGCAAUGGUCCAUUAGUACUCAAACGUCACUUCAAUGCGCGCUAUACCAAGGUUGAAGAGCUGCGGAGGGGGGCGGAGGCGUCGAUCUUUCUGGUGAAAGACUCGACCGUCAGCCAUACAGAUACGGGCCGCCCCUUGGCAGUCAGAGCUCUGCGAAGUGACGUUACCGCGCAACAGGGUCUCGAGCGGCAUGAGCUCGAAGUCUUGCAGACGAUGCGCGACGCUCCCAAUAUUAUGCCACUGCAUGAUCACUUCAUGCACGGAGAACAUCUAUGCCUGGUGACUGAUGCAUACGGACCUGAUUUGGCUACAAUACAGUUUGGUUUCAACCGUCAACCACCCUUCGUUCGUAAAAGACUGCCAGUGAAUCUCGUGUGCCACGUCGCACGCGGCGUUCUACUAGCACUGUCUGCCUUGCAUAAGAACGACAUCGCUCAUACUGAUGUCAAACCGGACAACAUCUACUUUGACGCUUUUGGCCAGGAGUCUCCCGACCUUCUCGCCUCGGAAGUUGUGUUGGGUGAUUUUGGCGAAGCCACACCUGCGCAUGGAGACCGAACGCGCUCCAUUCAACCGUUCGGUUUGCGUAGUCCGGAGGUCGUCGCCGGUUGCAAGUGGGACACGAAGGUCGAUAUAUGGAAUUUAGGCUGCCUUGUCUUCGAGCUCCUUGCUGGCAAUACCCUAUUCCCUCUGCACCCUGAACCGCUCAAGUUGUCAAACGGGACUGAGUUUUCAGCUGACCAAACCCUCUUCGUUCGGCAACACGGAACCGCGAUGAUCGAGGACGAGAACCCUCUACAUCUCAUCGCACAUUUCAAGCAUGGUGCCCAUUUCAAGGAACUUUAUGCUAUGGGAGAAAACGGAAUCCCGUUCCUAAAGCUCAGUUACCACCCCGACUUUAAUCAGCGCCAGACGCUGGAGGAUAUCCUGCACAUGUACGGCAUCUACGACCUAAUGCUGCAUGACUUCCUCGCCGCUACGCUGAGGAUGCAUCCCGAGGAAAGAGCUUCUGCAGAUGAUCUCUUGCGCCAUCCCUGGCUGUACCCCUCUGGCUGGUGGAGAGGGUCGAGCGGCUAG